AUGACUAAAAGAACCUCUGAGAGGGAGGUUGAGCAGCCUAUGAAAGCUUCCUCUGUCAAGAAGGACCAAAAGCAGAAAAGACAUGGUAGGUCUCAGAAGUCAGAAGUCUGCUAUUAUAAUAAGGAGAAAUAUCAGAAGGGAAAGGAGAAGUAUGACAACAUAAUGGUUCAGUGUUACUAUUGUAAUAAGUUUGGCCAUUUUUCCAAAGAUUGUUGGUCAAACAAGGAAGAAGGAAAAAUAGCCAAAGGAGAUUUUGACGAUGAAUCUGUGCUAUUAAUAGCUUAUGAAUCUGAUGAGGAACCUUCAACAUCACAAGAUGACUUUAAAUAUGAUUCAGAAUCAGAAGAUGACUCUGAAACCGAAGACAAGUCAAAAUCCGAAGGUGAUUAUGAGUGUGAAGGAAAAUCAAAAGAUGAGUUAGAAUCUGAAGAAGAAUAUGCUUCUAAAGAUAAAUCAAAACCUGAAGGUUCUGAAGAUCAAUCAGAACCUGAAAGUUCUAAAGACAAGUCAGAGUCUGAAGGUGCCUCUAAGGAAGAAGAAGAUUCUGAAGGCGAGUCAGAUUAUGAUGGUGAAUCUAUUUCUAAUCCAGAUUUUGACGAUGACUCAGAAUCUGGUUGUGAUGAUGUUUCUGGAAGGGAAAAAUCUGAAGACGUAGGUUCUGGAGGACAAGCUUUUGAAGAUGAUCAUGUUUCUAGUGUUAAUCGAGACUCUGAAGGUGGAACUUCUGAAGGCAGAGCUUCUGAAGGUAGUCCAGCCUCUGACGGUGGUCGUGAUUCUGAAGGAAAAGCUUCUGAAGGCGAUCCAAAUUUUGAAUGCGGUACUUCUGAAGGUAGUGGUUUUGGACGAGGUCCAGAAGUUAACAAAGGUGUAGCUUCUUGUGGUAGUCGUACUUCUAAAGAAUGUCUAGAAGGAGACACGAUUCAAGAAUCAGAAGAAGAUUCUGAACAAUUAUGCAUUGAAGAGGCUCUCAAGAAGAAAGUAUGA